AUGACUCUGCUCCACUGGCCCCUGUACCUCAGCGCCUUAGGCUUCUGGAUGAGCCAGCAGACCUGCUCCCUCCUGCUGCCCAACGCCACCGAGCUGCUGUCCCCAGGCAGGGGCAGGGCUGUGGGGCUGCUGUGGGGCGCGGGGGUUCCCCGCAGCCGUCGGAAGCGAUACCUCUCCCCCCGCGACAUGAGCAGCAUUUUGGACUAUCACAACCAAGCGCGGGCGCAGGUGUCCCCUCCUGCUGCCAACAUGGAGUAUAUGGUGUGGGAUGAGCAGCUGGCCGGGGCAGCAGAGGCGUGGGCUGUGCGCUGCCUGUGGGACCACGGGCCCCCCCAGCUGAUGAAAUAUGUGGGGCAGAACCUCUCCAUCCAAUCGGGAAGGUACCGCUCCAUUGUGGACAUGGUGAAAUCGUGGCACCAGGAGAAGCAGCACUACUCCUUCCCCCACCCCCACGAGUGCAACCCCCGCUGCCCUUCCAAAUGUAGUGGCUCAGUCUGCAGCCACUACACACAGAUGGUGUGGGCAUCCUCCAGUCGCCUGGGCUGUGCCCUGGCUGCCUGUGCCAACGUGCAGGUGUGGGGCAGCACCUGGCAACACGCCGUCCUCCUCGUCUGCAACUAUGCCAUCAAGGGCAACUGGCUGGGAGAAGCUCCCUACAAGGUGGGCCGGCCAUGCUCAGCCUGCCCUCCCACCUACGGCGGCGGCUGCUCCAACAACCUGUGCUUCACCGGACUCAAAUCCAACCAAGUUAGCUGGUUCUAG